AUGUGGUUCAUUUAGCAAGAGUUCUUGUAAAUUUUAAUGUCUAUUUUUUAUCAAAUGAAAGAGAUGCCCAUUCGCAAGCAUUUAGGCGGCUGUUAAUUUUUUUCGCUUAUGCUUUAACAUAUAAAUUAUCAAACCCAAUAUCCAAUUGCUACAUGCAAAAUAACCAAUAUCCACAUAAACCAGUCAGUUGUUCUCCAACCAAUCUAAGCUUGGAUUUAAUAAUAUAUCCUUAGUAAGAUGGAACAAUACAUCUCUCCGUACUUUGCUUAGAUCAUCAACAGCAAUUAACUGAGUGACCAUCUAAUAUCUUAAUAAUCAGCAUCAUCAAUUACAUCUCAGCAGCACAUAAUGCAUGAUCUAAUUUCUUCACUUUCAAGCUUAUCAUCUGAAACCCUCUUUAAGAUCCGUAGUUUAUCUUUAUCCCUCUUGUAUCAUCAGUUCAUAAAAAUCACUUGCUUAUUACAAAUUUCACUCUAUGAGUCAAUAUAUGCAAUAAUUUAUAGACCUGGAGGAUAUCCUAGUCACUAUUGUCGUAUUCUAGCAAGUAGUAUAUUGAGUCUUUUAAAUGAAUAGUUUUGCAAAAACAAUUUACACAUUCCUACGUCUAUUUUAGAACUUGAUUUAGCGCUUUUAGCCUUGCUAAUUUGUUAUUUUGAUCUUAUAAGAACAAUUUUACCUUGUGCACUAGCAUUGUUUAGGCCACCAAAAGUACCUGAAAUGAAUAUUAUAUAUGUCUUAUAUGAUAGAAUUAUGUUUAAGGCUUCCCUUUCAAGUGGUAUGAUUUAAUUUAAAGCCAUCCAAAUAGGCACCUUUGAAAUAAGGAAUUCUGUCUUAACGUCAGUAAUGAGUGUCCUGAUUCUAUAGGGCUACAUCAACACAAACUUUUAUAUUAAUAUUAGUGUAUAUUGA